AUGAGGGUGGGAGAAAAGCGCCGUCAUGAAAUUGUUCUACAAGUAGUUAAAAUGACACUUAAAGAAGAGCGGGAGCUGGCCUGGUGGUGGCUAUGCUGGGCUCGUUGGCUCACACCUGUAAUCCUAGCACUCUGGGAGGCUGAGGUGAAAUGUCCAUAUAAGAAAGUAAACUUGAAGUGGUUCACUGGAACAGUGAAUCCCUGUCCUGGCUUAUAUCAACCCAUCUGUGGCACCAAUUUUGUGACCUAUGACAACCCCUGCAUCCUGUGUAUUGAGAGCUUGAAAUCUGAAGGAAAAAUUAAGUUUUACAAAGAUGGAAACUGUACUAUGUGA